AGCCUAGCUUAUAGGAGAGGGCAACACACAGCAGCAGCCUCGCUCACCACAAACACAGUGUGUAAGCAAACUGAUUCACACUAGUGGAGCUAGCUAGUAGAGGUUGUUAAUAAUCACCAAACGAUACGAUGAGGCCACUCCUUGUUUCGCUUGCUCUGAUUUUCGUGGUUGCCGGUGUGGCGCAUGGCGCCGGGGAGUGCGGGAGAGCCUCCGCUGACAGGGUGGCGCUGAGGCUGGCGCCAUGCGUCUCGGCCGCCGACGACCCGCAGUCGACGCCGACCAGCAGCUGCUGCUCCGCCGUGCACGCCAUCGGGCAGAGCCCCAGCUGCCUGUGCGCCGUCAUGCUGUCCGGCACCGCCAGGGCUGCUGGGAUCAAGCCGGAGGUCGCCAUUACCAUCCCCAAGCGCUGCAACAUGGCCGAUCGCCCCGUCGGCUACAAGUGCGGAGAUUACACGCUGCCCUGACCACAUCGUCAGCAAGCCGGCCGUGUGCAGUGUUAUGACGGGCUGAUGAACGAGCCACGCAAGGCGUUGUGUUGGAAAAGUCGAAUCCGCUAGAAUAAAUAAGUACGUGGACGAUGGGCUCUUGCUGUGUCACUACUGGACUUUGCUUGUGUUGUAUGUCAAAAAUAAUAAUAAAUAUGUUCCGUUCCAUA